AUGACCCUUGAGGUCCAGGGCAUUGCUCAGCCAGUGGACACACUUUUUACUGAAGGCCUUGACUUAACCUACGCUCUUUCACGGUUGGCUCAGCACACCUGUCCUUUGCCCAGACCUAGACCCCCCUCAGUGCCAAUGCCAAACUCCACUGCUGUGACCGAGUUCCUCUUGGAAGGGUUCUCCACCUUUGGGCGGCAGCACAGGCUUGUCUUCUUUGCUGUCUUUCUAACUUUGUACCUGCUAACUCUCUCCGGCAAUGUUGUCAUCGUGACUAUUAUUCAUCUGGACCAUCACCUCCACACCCCCAUGUACUUCUUCCUGAGCAUGCUCUCCCUCUCUGAGACCUGCUACGCCGUGGCCAUCAUUCCCCAUAUGCUUUCCGGCCUCCUAAGCCCCCAGCAGCCCAUUGCUGUCCAAGGCUGUGCCACUCAGCUCUUCUUCUAUCUCACCUUCGGCAUCAACAACUGCUUCCUGCUCACGGCCAUGGGGUACAACCACUAUGUGGCCAUCUGCAACCCCCUACAGUACUCGGGAAGCAUGGGUAAAGAGGCCUGUGUCCAGUGAGCAUGCGGAUCACUGGGAAUUGGUCUGGGCAUGGCCAUUGUCCAGGUAACAUCUGUGUUUGGCCUGCCCUUCUGUGAUGCCUUUGUCAUUUCUCACUUCUUCUGUGAUGUGAGGCCCCUGCUGAAGCUGGCCUGUGCUGAUUCCACUGUCAAUGAGAUCAUCAGCUUUGUUGUCAGUGUCUGUGUUCUAGUUCUACCCAUGGGCCUGGUCUUCAUCUCCUACAUCCUCAUCAUCUCCACCAUCCUUAAGAUCGCUUCAGCCGAGGGCCGGAAGAAGGCCUUUGCCACCUGCGCCUCCCACCUCACGGUGGUCAUUGUCCACUAUGGCUGCGCCUCCAUCAUCUACCUCAAACCCAAGUCCCAGAGUUCCCUGGGGCAGGACAGACUAAUCUCUGUGACCUACAUGGUCAUCACCCCCUUGCUGAACCCUGUUGUGUACAGCCUGAGGAACAAGGAUGUCAAAGAUGCUCUGCACAGAGCUGUGGGGUGGAAGCUCCUUUCCUCUUAA